AUGCAUGGGGCAGACGAGCAACAUGCACGGGGUGGACAUGCAUGCGUGGCGGCGAAAGCAUUCCACCACCCAGACGCGCCCCACCCCCGCCCUUCGCGGCUCGCGAUCGGGGCUGCGACGAUCGACGGAGAGAGGUGGCGACGGAAAGAAGCCGGAUACGUGUCGAAAACGAGGCCGUCGAUGGCUCUCGAGGCGACGCCUCGAGGGAGGGAACGGACCGAGGGGAAACGGGGAGAAAUGGGACGAAGGACGUUUCCGCUUUUAUUUAUCGGCGGAAUCGGGGCGAGGAGCGACGGGGAAGACGCCGAUGGAGGUCGACGAUGGAAGACGAUGAUGGAGGGCGUUGAUUCCAGUCACGGCCGGUUGAGUCUCCGGGGUCUCACAUGGGAAGCCGGAAGGAAGGAAGACGGGAAGCCAAGCGUGGCCGAGUGCCGAAGUGUACACGAGGGGCAACGCUCUCUAAUGGACGAGAGCUGCAGUCAGGAUUGGUGCGUGGACUGCCUGGAAGACGCCGGGUGCCGGGAGUGCCUCCACAUGCUCCUCCCCGCGACGGGCGAGUGCGUGGACGCGUGCCCCGAUCGCACCGUCCCUUCUCUGGCCUCCGCCCAGGACAAGCCCCUCCAAGGACUCCUCUGCAAAGAGCGGAAGGCCCGAAGUCUUCUGGGAAUGCUCGGCAUGACCGAGAAGGAAAUGGUGGUGUUAAUUGGUGCCUGUGGCGGUGGAGCCAUUUGCGUCGGCAUUCUCAUCGGCACCGCCUUGCUCUACAUGAGGCACAGGCGCCUGAAAGGCCAGGCGGGCGAGCGCCAUCCGCAUCGCUGCGCGAGGGGCACGGACCUCGAGGCCGCGUUCAAGGCUCAAGGGAAGAUGGAGUCGCAGGAGAGGGGGGCGUUUCUCGAACAGCUAUCCAAGUUGAGGCCGGAGGCCAGCAAUUUCCUCGACAUGCUGGAGGAAACCAGAAAACGAUUCCAGAAACUUGCCAGUCGCACCGAAAGCCGCUCCGACUCGAAGGCCAAAGCUUACAGGGCAGUAUUGAGAGACUUAUCCCGCGUGAUCAGCCUGCUGACGCGGAAGCCGGAGCACAUCCGGACCAUCCCCAAAGACUGGGAGCGACUCCUGAGCUGGGCCGAACGGGUCCUGCGCCGCUACAAGCGGCAGAAGGCAACCCAGAGCGGAGAGGCGGACGGGGUGAUAUAUCAGAAGAACCCUCGCCCGCACGCUCAGUCACCUGCACUGGGAUCAAAAGGAGCGAGAGGGAGCCAAUUCAGCAUCACCCCCAUCGUGAUGGACGACGCAGAGCCGGACCUCCCCCCACCCCCUUCUCAAACCCAAUCGACAUCUCCGAACCGCCAGCUCGUCCCGGCGGAUCGACAUCCACCGUGGAUGGUGCACAGCUCCGACGAGAGCGACUCGAGCACCCGCAAACUCCUGCCACCUCAUCGCUUCCACGAAACUCCUCCGAGGAGAUCGUCUUCCAUUCCCAGCUCCCUGGCGUCUCGCAAGGACAAGUCCGCGAUCGGCAACAAGUGCUACAGCGAAGAAGAACUAUCCACCGUCCUGUGA